UUUACAUUUUAGAAAAGUAAUAACAGUCACUGCUUCAUUUAAUGAAGAUGUUACAUGAUAGGGUGGAAACAGUAUAGAAUUUACAGUUAGAAAAAAAUAAAAUCCUAAAUUCAUUUCCGUUAUUUAAUUUCUGAUAAUCUUGGAGAAGCUAAACUAUUCCCCACAGACUGCAUUUUUUAGGACAUACAAGUUAAUGCGUGCAAAUUCCUGCAAAAGCUAAUAAUACAGAGUUAAGGGCUAAGAAAAUGAGAAAUAAUUACAUGUAAUGCAAAAGCCUACAUAGCAAAAAUAAAUGUCUCUCUGAUGACAGAUGUCCUGUCAGUAUCCUUCUGUCUGCACAGAUUGAACAGAUCAUAUCCUUCUGGACACCUUCUCUGCCUUCCAAGGAUGCACGCUUCCCAAACCUAUGUCAACCUCUCCUUCUUCCAGCCACCUGCUUUCCUGAUGAUUGGCAUCCCAGGAAUGGAGGCCAUUCAUGGCUGGAUCUCCAUCCCCUUCUCCUCCAUGUACACAGUGGCCCUCACUGGAAACUGCCUGAUCCUCCUGGCCGUGAGGAGGACACCCAGCCUGCACCAGCCUAUGUACUACUUCCUGUCCAUGCUGGCCCUCACUGAUGUGGGCCUCGCCUUAUCCACACUGCCCACCACCCUGGCUGUGCUCUGGUUUGACCAUCGUCUUAUUGGCUUCAAUGCCUGCCUGGUCCAAAUGUCCUUCCUCCACUCCUUCUCUGUGGUGGAGUCCUCAGUGCUCCUGGCCAUGUCGUUUGACUGCUUUGUGGCCAUCUCCAACCCUUUGCGCUAUGCAGUUAUCCUCACAAAUAAUGUCAUCAUCAGGAUUGGGCUGGCCAUUGUGGCCCGUGCUACUCUGUCUCUCUUCCCAGUGCCAUUCCUGCUUAAACAUCUGAACUUCUGCCCCAGCAAAGUCCUCCUAUCCCAUUCCUUCUGUUUCCACCCUGAUGUGAUGAGGCAGGCCUGUGCUGACAUCACCAUAAACAUUCUUUAUGGGCUCUAUGUGAUCCUUUCCACUGGGGGCAUAGACUCCCUGCUCAUCAUUCUGUCCUAUUCCCUCAUCCUGCACACAGUCCUGGGGCUGGCAUCUCCCCGGGAGCGACUGCGAGCCCUCAAUACCUGUGUUUCUCACAUUCUGGCUGUGUUCGUCUUCUUCAUCCCAGUCAUUACUGUGUCCAUGAUUCAUCGCUUUGGGAGGCACCUCUCCCCCAUUGUACAUGCCCUGGUUGCCUAUGUGUACCUGGUGGUGCCUCCUGUGCUCAACCCCAUCAUCUACAGUGUCAAAUCCAAGCCCAUCAGGGAGGCCAUGCUCAGGGUGCUGAGGGGGAAAAGCUGGAGCUGAUGAUGUAAGAUGCUUUCAGG